AGAUAGCGUGUUAGAAAAAGACAGCAGAUAAGAAUGGUGUUGCUAUCUUUUUUUAUCACACAUAGUUAUAUGAAUUGAUUACCAAUACAUUUUAAAUUCGUUGUUCGUUUAACGUUUUGACUUUUGUUCUGCCUUCUGCGUUCUCAAAGUUUUAAAAAUAAUUAAAAUAGUGUGUACCUACUGUGCAGUUAAGACUUAAAAUGGUGAAUUUUUGUAGUGCCUUUAAUUGUGCUAGCUCUAGUGAUGUUAGAAAAGACUUGUCAUUUCACAAGUUCCCUCUUAAAGAUAAAGAGAGGCUUCAAAAAUGGGUGCAUGCUGUUCGAAGGAAAGAUUUUAAACCUAGUUCCAAUACAACUUUAUGUAGUUUACAUUUCAAUGAAACUGACUUCUAUUCAGCAGUUGUAAGUGGGAAAAAAAUGUUAAUAAAAUCUGCUGUACCAACUGUAUUUGAUUUCCCAAAUCAUUUAACUCCAAAAAUUAAAGAAAGGAGAAUUCUGCAACGAGAAGUUUUUCUGGAUAUUUCCAGUACUAAUAUUUCCUAAAUUAUAAAUCUACAAUAUUAAGCUUAAGUUAGGAAAGUAGUAAGUACAAUCUAAAGUAAGUAGUAGAUAUAGCUCCAGGUAAAUAGCGUAAGUACACUUUUAUUUCAAUUAUGAUUAAUAUUAUAAAUACUAUGUUUAUAUUUUAAUAAAUAUUAUUUUACUAAAAA